AUGUCGAAUACUCGUGAAUUUCUCAUUCCGAUUAAUUAUGAUAUAACACAGCCCGUUUAUAAACCAGAUGAAAUCGUUCAUAAACGACUAUAUCUCAUCAAUGGAUUGAAUUCAAUCAAAAGAUAUCAUCAAAUGCUGAAGAAUACGUCAUCAGAUCCCGAGUUUCAAUCGAAAUUCUACGCAGACAAGCUACGACAUCAAUCUGUAUCCACAUUGACCGUUGCUAUGUCGCAUAAUCCAAAUCCAAACGCUGAUACAUCAGGUUUUAACUAUCCAAGUGCUGCUGGCAAACCAACAAAUUAUGAUCAAACUCAUAUUGGUAUUGUUCCUACAUCGAAUAAUUCAACAACAGAAUCAUCAUCAUCCGUUCCUAUAACAACAACUCAUUCAACAUCCGCAACACACAUCGGCCCGUCUGUAAGUGUCAAUCAUGGCAAACUAGGCGACGAACAUGGAGGAGCUGGAACGAGAACUGAUGACCGUAAAGGUGAAAUUGUUAAAGGCGAAGGUGAUAAUGUAUCGCCAACUGCCGAACACAUAUAG